CCUGUGGUGACCUGUGUUUCUGGGUAGGGGGACUGAUGUCGGAGCAGGCUUUGGUGGUUGGGAAAUCCAUUUUCUGGAAGCCGCAGCGCCUGCCCGUCUUGCCCUAUCGGGAAGUCUCCCCCACAAGUGUUGUCAAGGACAGGUCCCUCCCCUUGGCCUGGGAUGCUGGUGCUGGUUUGGGGAGUGCCUGGUUGGCCCUGCGGGUCCCCUGGGGCCCUUUUAGGGAAAGCCCUAGUUUGCAUUGCUGUGUAUUUGACUCCUGCCCCGCCAGCCUCUCAGAGUGACUCUUCAGUAGGGCUCACCGGGAUGUCCAGGAAAGAGAGACACCUGGAGCGCUGCCGCCGUGUUUGACUGUAAUAAGCCGGCUCAGGAUGCUGAGAACAGGUAAAAUGUCUGCUCCAGGAUUCUACCAGUCGGCCCCUGAGCCCUCCACGGUGCCCAGUGCGCCCCCAUCCUAUGAAGAGACGGUGGCUGUUAACAAUUACUUCCCCACGUCGCCAGCCCCGGUGCCCGGGCCCACCACGGGGCUGGUGACCCGCCCGGAUGGGAAGAAUGUGAACCCUCCUGCCUACUACACCCAGCCAGUGCCUGUCCCCAACGCCAGCGCAAUUGCCGUGCAGACCGUCUACGUGCAGCAGCCCGUGUCUUAUCUCGACCGCCCGAUUCAGAUGUGUUGUCCUUCCUGCAACAAGAUGAUUGUGACUCGGCUGUCCUAUAACGCUGGUGCCCUCACCUGGCUCUCCUGUGGGAGUCUUUGCCUGCUGGGGUGUGUGGCUGGCUGCUGUUUCAUCCCUUUCUGCGUGGACGCCCUGCAGGACGUGGACCACUACUGCCCUAACUGCAAAGCUCUCCUGGGCACCUACAAACGUUUGUAGGACUCGGCCAGCCCUGCAGGAAGGCCUCUCCGCCUCCCGGUGGACGGUCGCC